AUGUUUUCCAGACAUAUCAUCAGAAAUGAAAGCACAGUUGUUAUGGAACGUUUGUUGAAAGAUGGAUAUGAUAUUUAUGCACGAGAUUUUCAAGUGAACACACCUCUUUUAAUUGCAGUAGCAUGUAACAAUGCAGAUAUUGUAAGAUUUCUAUUGGACAAAAAGAAAUCAGUAUCUAAAGCUAUCAUUGAAAUGCUGAUUGAUAGUGGGGUCCAUGUUAACAUUGCAGAUAGAUGGGGUGAUAUGCCACUGACGUAUGUUGUGCAAAGAAAUAAUACUCCUGUGGCAAUCAUGCUCAUCGACGCUGGAGCUUUAGUGAACAUUAAAAAUAAAAAAGUAUUGAGUCCGUUAAUUUAUACUGUAAAAAACAAUAACAUUUCUCUAGCCAGCAUACUUAUCAAAAGUGGAGCUUUGAUCAAUGAUGCUGAUAAGUAUGAUAAUAUUCCGUUGAUACAUGCUAAAUUUUUAGACAGAUGUUUAGUUAUACUUAAAAAAGAUAUCAAACCCUACUAUGAAACAACAAACAAGGAAAUGUUUUCCAGACAUAUCAUCAGAAAUGAAAGCACAGUUGUGAUGGAACGUUUGUUGAAAGAUGGAUAUGAUAUUAAUGCACGAGAUUUCCAAGUGAACACACCUCUUUUAAUUGCAGUAGCAUGUAACAAUGCAGAUAUUGUAAGAUUUCUAUUGGACAAAAAGGUUAGAAUCAAUCUUUCAAAUCACAACGGUAACACUCCUUUGUGGAUUGCAUUGAAGAAAUCAGUAUCUAAAGCUAUCAUUGAAAUGCUGAUUGAUAGUGGGGUCCAUGUUAACAUUGCAGAUAGAUGGGGUGAUAUGCCACUGACGUAUGUUGUGCAAAGAAAUAAUACUCCUGUGGCAAUCAUGCUCAUCGACGCUGGAGCUUUAGUGAACAUUAAAAAUAAAAAAGUAUUGAGUCCGUUAAUUUAUACUGUAAAAAACAAUAACAUUUCUCUAGCCAGCAUACUUAUCAAAAGUGGAGCUUUGAUCAAUGAUGCUGAUAAGUAUGAUAAUAUUCCGUUGAUACAUGCUGUAAGAAAUAUGUACAUAACUAAUCAUCAAGGAAAGACUUGCUUCUAUUAUUUUAUUGAAUAUCAAUAUUCAAUUCAUCCAGGAAUGAAAAAAGUCUUGAACAAAGGACCAAUGACUUACCAGUUUCCAAAUGUGCCAGUAUAUUUUCUAACAACGAAUGUCAAAGAACAACUUGAUGAAUCACUUUACAAAAGAGAAAUGUUAUCUAAAGCUAUCAUUGAAAUGCUGAUUGAUAGUGGGGUCCAUGUUAACAUUGCAGAUAGAUGGGGUGAUAUGCCACUGACGUAUGUUGUGCAAAGAAAUAAUACUCCUGUGGCAAUCAUGCUCAUCGACGCUGGAGCUUUAGUGAACAUUAAAAAUAAAAAAGUAUUGAGUCCGUUAAUUUAUACUGUAAAAAACAAUAACAUUUCUCUAGCCAGCAUACUUAUCAAAAGUGGAGCUUUGAUCAAUGAUGCUGAUAAGUAUGAUAAUAUUCCGUUGAUACAUGCU